AUGGCCAUCUCUGAGCUCGCUUGCAUCUACUCUGCCCUCAUCCUUCACGAAGAUGAGGUUAUGGUCACGGAGGAUAAAAUCAAUGCCCUCAUUAAAGCAGCAGGUGUAAAUGUUGAACCAUUCUGGCCUGGAUUAUUUGCAAAGGCCCUGGCCAUUGUGAACAUUGCAAACCUCAUAUGCAAUGUAGGAGUUGGUGGACCUGCCCCAGCAGCUGAUGGUGCUGCCCCUGCUGAAGGGGCUGCUCCUGCUAGCACAGCUCCCCCAUCUGAGGAGAAUAAGAAAGAGGAAGCAAGAAAAGAAGAAUCCGGUGAGUCCAAUGAUGACAUGGGCUUUGGUCUGUUUGACUAA